AUGGCCUUUCCGGAUUUCAAGCCAGCCCAACCCGAAGCCAUACGCCGUUUAAAUCAAAAAUAUUCUCGUCGCGACUCACAAAAUCGUACCUAUGCCAGUCGUAAGGAAUAUCUGUUGAAAUUAAAGGAUGACCUCUUGGAGCUGUUGGCAGCGUUUAGUGAAAAAACCACUGUGCAUGGCAUGGGUAGGCUAUUCAAUCGAAAUGCUAAUAAAUAUGAAAGAUUAUUCUGGCUAAUAACCCUUAGCUUGGCCAUAUUUGGUACAACCUAUGUUUGCAUUUUUCUUUCGGAUCGUUUCAAUGCCGGCAAUCUCCAAUCGAUUGUCGAUGAUACCGGUGCCCCAGUCUACAAGAUACCAUUUCCCACCAUCACCAUCUGUAAUGUGAAUCGUUUGAAUUGGCAGCGGAUCGAUGAGGCCAAGGAACGUUUCUUACCGGGUGUAACGGACAAUGAAACCCUGAAUGUCUUCGAAUUGGUUAUCGGCCGCUAUGAUCGCUUGGAAUUCGGCCAUUUCGAUUUAUUUGACCCAUUGGAAAAUCAGCCACUGAAUUUAGUGGCGAAUGUGAAUUUUUCCCUGGUCUAUGAAUUUAUGACAUGGAACUGUGAUGAGUUGUUGACAGAUUGUGUUUGGCGUCAUCGUGCAAUGAAUUGUUGUGAAAUAUUCCUGCAGAGACGUAGUAAAAAUGGUAUCUGCUGGAGUUUUAAUACCGUCGAGACGGAAGAGGGUCGACAAAGGAAGAAAGACGAUCCAAAAUAUCCAUGGCGUACCGGUAGUGCUGGACCGCAGAGUGCUUUGACAGUGAAGGUGCUUAUUAAUCGGGAGGGCCAUUAUAGCUCAGACGUGGAGAAGGGGAUAAUGGUCAUGGUCUCUGAGCCCAAUGUCUGGCAUAGUGAGCCCUUUUUCAUACCCGAGAAUACGGAUACCACAAUUGGCAUAGAUCCCACAAUUUAUUUCUUUGAUGAAAAUACCCGGAGCUUGACAUCAGCCCAAAGGCAGUGUGUGUUCAAUGACGAACACCAAUACCAUAACUUCAAGGUAUUGCAAGGCUUUGACUACAUGAUCGAAAAUUGUCAGGCGGAAUGUCAUCAGGACUAUUUGGAGAAAUAUUGCAACUGCAGCAUGGAUAUACUGUUUCCACCAGGACAACACAAACCCUGCCGUGUUACCGAUCUAGUGUGCCUGGCACGUAACAAUGAUUAUUUCCGUUAUACUCAUCAAGAGGGCGCUGAUGAAUAUGUCCGUCACACCCACACCGGCAUGAAGUGUAAAUGCUUCAAUAAUUGCUAUUCACUGCAGUACAUGACCUAUGUCCGACCGACAUUUUUACCACCGGAUGUACGUGGCAAUAAAUCAUAUGUGGAUUUGGAUAUACAUUUCCGUUCGGAAACGAUGAUGGUCUAUUGUACAAAUUUGGUAUUUAGUUGGAUUGAUUUAAUGGUGGCUUUUGGUGGCAUUGCUGGCCUUUUUAUGGGCUGCUCCCUCAUCAGUGCUGUGGAGGUAUUCUAUUUCCUCUUCAUACAGAUACCAACCUUUGCCUAUCGGGAAUAUAAAGCCAGGCAGGAAUUACAUCGUACAGAGGCCCAACAACAAUACAAUCAAAAUAUUUUACAAAAUAGCAAUAACAACAACUAUCGCAGGCAAUCGGAUUACUAUAGGACGGAGCGGAAAAGUUUGCCGAAAAAUCGCAUAUCAAUUGUGGAGAAUCUAAAUAAAAAUAAUUAUAUAAAUUAA